AUGGCGGCGGCGGCGCUGUGGCAGCCGCAGGAGGAGGGGCUCCGCGAGAUCUGUGGGCUGUUGGAGCAGCACAUCUCCCCGACUUCCGAUCAACAACGUAUAUGGCAGCAGCUCCAGCACUACAGCCAGUUCCCCGAUUUCAACAACUAUCUCGCGUACAUUUUCACCCGAGGCGAGGUUCGUCUCGUGGCUAUUUUAGCCGUUUUCCCUGGGAGCCCGCCAAUGGUUUCAGCCUCCUCCGCCGUCGACUUCCGAUGACGGCUGAUGGUUUCUUGUUGUUCCGAGUGCGAAAUGCUGCGUGAUUUCGAUUCCGUCGUGAUUUCAGUGUCGGUGGAUAUCAGUAAUGAAUCGGAAACGUGGUGUCGUUUUAGCUAUUCGCACGUCAAAUAUCUCGUGACCAUCUGACUAUGCAAAAUUCAUCUGCGAUGCAAUACUUCAGUUUUGACUUUUGGUUCCUAUAAUGGAGGAUGGCAUUGUUGUUUUAGAGAAGGCGAAUCCCAAGCGUGCACGAUUCUGAUGCCAAUUAAGCACGUCCUCACUUUUUUGUUUUUCCAGGGAAGCAUAUAAAGGCCCAUUUUCGUGCUGAAAUUGACCAUUUGUUUCUCAUAACAGGGUAAAUCAGUGGAAAUUCGACAGGCCGCUGGUCUUCUUCUCAAAAACAAUAUGAAAACGGCUUUCACCGCAAUUGCUCCUUCUUACCAGCAAUAUAUAAAGUCCGAGCUAUUGCCUUGUUUAGGAGCAGCGGAGAGGCACAUUAGAUCAACAGUUGGAACUGUUAUUAGUGUUAUUGUUCAACAAGGUCGGAUUUUCAGUUGGCCAGAAUUGCUGCAAGCUCUCCUCAAUUGCUUAGACAGUAAUGAUUUAAAUCACAUGGAUGGUGCAUUAGAUGCCUUGUCUAAGGUAUGCUCGUCUUUUUUUUUUCCCUCCAGUUAUUGCAUUUUCAGUACUUGUAAUAGAAACCCAUUUCUAAGAUGAUUAUGAAUUUUACAACGUGUGCUUUUAAUGCCCUUAUUCCGUCUAUUCGUAUUUGGGAUCGUUAGUAAUUUCUCUCACUGCAUUGCUGAUAUAUUUGUUGUGUAUGGGUGUCGAUAGAACUGCCUUCACGAUAUAUCUUAAGAUUAUCUUACUUUUGAUUUGCCAUUACUUUUGUCAAAUGUUCCCUGGAUAGAGAAUAAUUACGGGAUUUAUUGUACACAAAACUGUUGCUAGGCAGGGAAUCAGUAGUCUUUGGUUUGGGGCUGACAGGUUACUGGAUGGUGAUAUUAUCUGGUAUGUUUGGGAUUUUCAUGUCCUAAACUGAAACCAGAUUGAUGCGGUAAUGGAGAAUGAUGAAAAUGGUGCCAUUGUUAGAAAUAUAGUAGAGAUGGACCUAAGCAAUGUAGUCCGUCGAGGCAUCAAGGUGGUUACUGAACUAUGUGAAAAAUAUUCUCCAUAAUUCAAAUGUUGAAACCUUUUUUAUGUUUGAUAUUAUCUCAUCAAUGUUUAGUGUGGUUUGGGUAAAUGCCGGCCAUGUAUGCCCAGGAGAGUUAUUUGAAUUUUUUCACUUCUUCCUUCCUAGUUUUAAUACCUUUACCGGGGUUUAUUUCUGAGAUAUGUAUUCAUAUAACCCUGCUGCUGGAGCCUGCAUGCUUCAAGGUUCUUUGAAUGUAGAGGGAAUUCUUUUCCUCCUCAAGCAUGUUAUCCAAAUAUUGUCACCAUAUUACUUCGGUAGCCCAAGACUUUCAUAGUGCGCACAAAAUUUGAAACAUGCUUAAAUGACUUUCUUUGAGCAAGUGUGUGCCACCUUGAUCAAUCUUUUCUUGGUUAAUGGAUAAAUAAUGGUGCGAUUGUUAUUAUUUUACUGUGGACAGACAUGUUUUUAUCCUAAGUUAAAUUGUAAGUUAUUCAUUUGAUCUAUUUUACUUUCUGGAAUUCUCAAUGGAAUUCAUCCCUUAUAGAUUAGUGAAGAUAUACCAGAGGAGCUUGAUGCAGAUGUUCCUGGCUUAGUUGAGCGCCCGAUUAAUAUAUUUAUGCCCAGGCUAUUGCAGGUUUGGAAUUGUAAUUUUUAUGGUCAUGAUGCCUUUGUGUCUGUCACAGAAAAUAUUUUAGAUGUGCUCAUAUUUUGUACCUACACGUGUGAUUCAGUUUUUUCAGUCACCACAUGCAACACUCAGGAAGCUUUCUUUGGCCUCCAUCAACCAAUAUAUCGUUGCCAUGCCUACAGUAAGCAAAUUCACCUCUCUUUUCCAUGAAAAAGAACUUACAUUUGAGUGUCAUUCUUUGUAUAGCUUUUGUGUCGCUACUAUACUCAAACUAGACCAAUUAUAGUGUGUACUUUCAGUUAUGGGUCAUCUUUCUCUUGUCAAUCAUUCUGCAGGCGUUGUUUAUAUCUAUGGAUCAGUAUCUUCAGGGUUUAUUUCUUCUUGCAAAUGAUCCCGUGCCAGAUGUUCGAAAGUUGGUAAGUAGACUCUUAAUUAGUUUUUUAUGGAUUAAGAACGUUUCUUUGUGUAAAUGUCAUUGUCAUUGUCGUUGUCAGCCUCUUCUCGGAAUAUGCCACAAAUAUUUGUAACUGCGGUUUUUGUUGAAGAAGAUUGCCUUAUGGAUAUCCAUCGUUUGUUUCUUUCCAUAUUUACCCAUAUAGUUAUAUGCAUAGUAAUUUACCAAGCUUUCUUGUUUCCUUCGAGCAGCAAUUGUGGUCGUUUCUCCUAUGCUGCACAAAACCUAUUGCAUAGAAUAGUUGCUGCCAUAUUUCUUGUAAAAGUAUCCAUCUAAUAAAUAAACUCUAUUAUGUCUUGUCCUUCUCAACUGAGAAGUUUCCCACGCGAGUCCAUUCACAUAUGAUAAAGAAAAUGUGUUAAUGACUCUUCCGCCUCACAUAGGCCCAUGAUAAUUUAAGUGUUUUUACAAAGUUAGCCAAAUGAUCAAUUCUUGGAGAUUCUCCAGAACGAUCUCCCCUUGGACGUUCCUAGUUGCGACUCUAGAAACCCAGAAUUGAGAUAUUGCAAGCUGAAAGAACCAUAAAAUGGCCUCCUUUUCCAUUUACACCGCCACGAAUUUAAUGUAGCUAUUGAUAGCCGUCGUACUUCUAGAUGGCCGAAAUGUUUCAAGUUGAAUGAUCUCUUCCUACAUAAGUUGCUCCGCUCCUGCAACUACGACAGCUGCUACAUUCCCUUUGUCUUUGUGUCAGAAACCUUUGCCCAUGACUGUGCUGCUUGUCAAGUUCCUUUCCAUAGUCGCUUUCAUAGUUUACUCUAAGCUCAUUUGUUUAUUCUAAACAUUCAAAUGUCAGUUGAAUGUUACUGGAGACCAUAUAUCAGGGUCAUUUUUAAAUAUCAGGGAGCAUCAGUCUCCUGCCCUAUAUCUUGGCGCUUUAAAGCACGUACACAUUCAUAGGAGAUCAUCAAUCUUCUUUAAAUUUGCCGGCUUAUUAAACAUAUUUUCAGCUGAUGAUCUUCUUGACACCCACUCGAGCUUGUUGAAAGCAUUUUAGGGAUGUUCUUGUUCACCUCGUUCCUCAAAAUAGUAGGGCUGUGAUCUUGAAGAUGCUUGUUAAUGAUUGCUGAUCUAGUAUACAUUAAUAAUAAAAAAAUUUAGUUUGAAUUUGUUUCUGACUGAAAUUACUCAUUUUUAUUUACCUUGUUUACUUCUGCUUGGAUGUAGAUAUAGAACUAGGACAAUGUUGUUUAUUUCGUAGUAUUUGAUGGGCCAUCCCAAGUUUUAGAUAAACAUGCCAGAAUAGAUCUCGUAUAUUUGGUCUCAGUUACUUUUAUAACAUGCUUCUGUUGUUUUGGUUUCCCUGUUUGAUUUCUCACUGCUAUCUUCUUUUAUUUAGGUUUGCGCGGCUCUUGUGCAAUUGAUUGAAGUCAGACCAAACUUCUUGGAGGUUUGUGCUGGCAUCUACUUCCCUUUUACAUAUUUAAAAUUUGCAUUAUGUGCAGAUUUAGCAUGUUUAUCUUAAUCUUAUUUUGUGCAUCCUGUGACACGGAUCAACUGCUAUUGUCAACCUGUUUCAGCCACAUCUGAGAAAUGUGAUUGACUAUAUGUUGCGAGCCAAUAAGGACGCCGACGAGGAAGUUGCUCUUGAAGCUUGUGAGUUUUGGUAUGCCUCUGUCCUGCAAACCUUAUGUUAAUUGUUCGAGGAUUGAUAUCACUAGUAUGGACUUCCUUUGGGGCACAUGUAAAAAUGGUGCACAUGAAUGAGGAUAGACUCAACAUUGUAUCCGGAUUAGUGUGAUUGACCAGACGCCAUCAUGAGUUACUGAAUUUUGUACAUCAGCAUAUUCAGACAUCUCAGUGCGAUCCUGUUUAAUCUGAACUAAGGGGAAUUAGAGUAUCUGGCCUCUCAUUUUGAGCCUUUUGACAUGACCUUAGCAUUUCUUUGGCAUUGCUUAGUUUUCGUAGAUUGUUCCUCGUGAUGAUUCGAUCCUUCAUGGGCUGCAGUUUUUUUUCUUGUUUUGGAUUCCGUGGAAGCUUUGAAUCUAAUGGUUUUGCUGCUGAAAUCCAAGCUACAGUAUUUCAUGCUGUUACAUUAAGAAUUUGAUUCUGUACACAAUUUUGUUCCCCUUACAUUCUGAUUUUCUCAUAUUUCCUCUGGAAUACACGUGUAAUCUUUCUUGCUUAAUUAUGUAUCAUGACAUUAUCUUUUUUUUUUUGGUUAGGUGGAUCAGAUUUUUCUUAUCUUUUCUUUGUUUUUUAUGGGACUUUGAUUGAGUGUCUUUGGAUUAAGGAACUACAAUCGGGUUUGGUGUGAUGGGAUUUCGGGGCUGGGCCAUGUUGGUACUCCUAUUGCCCAUUGUAACCUGGUUGAUGGUGCAAUGUUUGGGCGGGAUGUGGGAGGUGGGCGGUUUACAGUGUCAUAGAAACUGUUUAUAUAGUGAGCCUUGGGAAUACUAAUAGACCGUGUUUUUUUUUUCUUGAAAAGAUAAAGCCAAUAUCCAUUUUACCAGUGAAAACUGUUUAUAAGUCCAGUUUGAGAUCGCUAAUAAAGAAUUUUGUUGGUAAGCUCAUUCGUUCGUUUUAAAGUUCCUUUCUGAGUUUCAUUUGACUCCUAUGUUUUGCUGCAACCUCAGAACUAUCCUUUUGUUGUUAUUCUAUAAAUCUGCUAUUCCAGAAUAAUUUCAUGUUUUCUCCCUCUUGUUUUUUGAUAAAAUUUACUACUCUAAGGAGAGAUUUUGCAUUUCUUUAUAAAAAAAUAGGGUAUGGCAUCUAUUUGGGCAUUGCAACAACUCCUCACUCGUUUCAAAUCACUCUUUCUCCAUUGGAUGACUACAUACAACUUCUAGAUAUCUUCAAUAUUUCUUUAAAGAAGAUUCCAUCAUUGGUUUACCUACGAUUUUGUCGGUUUUCAGUUCGGUGUACUUGUUUAUCUAUUUCUAAAGCUAAACAGACUUUUCAAACCAUUGAUCUUAACUCCAACUUUUAACUUCAUGCUUUUAAAUGAGUAGGCUUUGGCUACGUAUCUCAUAAAAGAUGUAGCUAAGGUUUUCCUUCAUUUUUUCUUCAACUAUUCCCAGCAUGUUUAUGGCUGUUUGAUGUGUGGGUUUACUUUUUAAUUAAUGCUCCAGGUCAGCAUUCUGUGAUGCGAACAUCCCUCCUGAAGCCUUAAGGGAAUUUUUUCCUCGAUUGAUUCCGGUACAUUAUUCUUGGACAUGAUCGUACUGAUUGGUAGACUACUUUGUCUGAGUUGUUUGUAAUGUGCAUGUUUUUUUUUCAGGUGUUGUUGUCAAAUAUGGCUUAUGCUGAUGAUGAUGAGGCAUUAGUCGAUGCCGAGGUAACUUUUAAUUGGAAAUUGAUUUCGAAAUAAUUAUUUGCAAUUUUUUUGUAUAUCUUAUCUACUGAUACAGUAACUUACAUUUAUGCAUUAUCUAGGAUGACGAAUCCGUCCCAGACCGUGAUGAGGUUCUAUUCCCUCCUUUUAUGAGACUCUUUUCCUUUACAUGUUGAAUGCUUGUCUGAUCUGUUGAACCAUCUUUCUCAGGACCUGAAGCCACGUUUUCAUACAUCACGUUUUCACGCUUCUGAAAAUAGCGAAGAAGAUGUAAAUUCUCAUUCAUUCCUAAUAAUUCUCUUUUCUCUAAUCUUUGAAUUAUUUUCUUCUGUGUUAUUCCUGAUUUAUUGUCAUAAAAACUGCAAACAACAACAAUUUGUUAGUUAGUAUUCAUUCUUGAAAAUGUCAUCUCGUCUUAUCAAUUUGAUCUUCUCUUGGGGGCUACUCUGUACAGGAUGAUGAGCCUGUAAAUGUUUGGAAUUUGAGAAAAUGCAGUGCAGCUGGGUUAGAUAUUCUUUCAAAUGUAUUUGGUGACGAGAUUCUUCCAACUUUGAUGCCGUUAGUUGAGGUACCAUUUCUUUUUAUUAGCGUUCAUUUGUUGUGUUUUGCAUUAGCUAUUGUAGUAUUUAUGGGUUGUAUCCAUUAUCCAUUUAUAGCUGUCGUGGUCUUUCAAUUUACCUAAAAUCAAUAUAGUGACUUUGACAUAGGAUAUUUUGCGAUCUUUUUAGUUAUUUUGGUCUGACGCUUGGAUCCACACCCCCACCCAAUAUUAAGUUUUGACAGUGGGCACCUUGCGUACAUCUGUGCUGGUUGAGAUGCUGGACAUCAGUUAUGCCUCCUUAAGUAGCUAAUAUUUUCUAGUUACGGUCUUGCUAACGGAGUAACACAGGCAUCCAUGUAUUUUAUAGUCAGGCUGAAUGGGUAAUAAGCUGUAUCUAACUACUUACGAAAACUUCCCUAAUUUAUAAUAUUUUCUUGUAAUACGUAACAAUUGACAUUGUCGUUUCAUCCUUAGCAUGUGUUAGGUGGUACCAUAUGUACUUUAAUUCAUAUUGUUAGUUUGUACUCUUUCUUUACCAACAUAACUCUGCUGCAUACCUCAAAUGAUUUAGUACCCAUUGACAAUGCAGAAUUCAUUCAUCCAAUACAUGUCAUGUGAAGUUGGCUUGGAACUGUGUACCUUAGAUUGCAUAAAAAAGUGUGCGGAUGUCUUUAAGCCAUACUAAUGGGCUGCUUUUGAUAAUGCAGUCUUUUUGUUAGUAUGUUAGGGUGAUGUGGGAACUUUCUGUCUGUUGAUGUUGUUGAUUUGGUGAACCCGAAGAAGGCAUUUUUCACAGUUGUACAGUGUUAUUUCUCAGAAUACUUCACUUGUUAUCUAAUUAUUCACUUGUUUAUAUGCUCGUAAUUUUCAAUAAGGACUUAGAAGGGAUUAAAUUUUUUUUCGGUUGGCAGAAUGCAAGCUAUGUUCUUUGAUAUCAGGAGACUAACAAUUUCUCCAUUUUUCAGACAAAGUUAGCCACCUCUGGGGAUCUUGCCUGGAAAGACAGGGAAGCCGCUGUUCUUGCUCUGGGUGCUGUAGCAGAGGGAUGUAUUAAGGGUCUCUAUCCACAUUUACCUGGGGUAUUUCCUUGGCAUCUCCUACCCGUUGAUAAUGUUAUAACUAUGGUCCUUUUCAUUUAAAUGAAUUCCUGGUUCUGUUGAUUGAUUAAUAUUUAUACUUCUUUCCAUGCAGAUUAUUGCAUUUUUGAUACCGCUUUUGGAUGACAAAUUUCCCCUCAUUCGGAGUAUAACCUGUUGGACACUUUCUCGUUAUAGCAAAUUCAUUGUUCAGGUAAUUUCCCCCCCUUCAAGGUAUACACCAUUAUCCUUAGGUCUAUUGUAAUAGUUUGUUUGACUGUAUCUGUGUUUCGCCGUGGGUCACUUCUGGCAUUUCCUCAUUCAUUCCAUUUAUAGGCAUUUGUCUGUGAGAAAGAAAAUCCAAGAAAAUAUUUUUCCCACAGAACAUUCACUUUUUUAUUUCACGUCCUACAUUUUAAUAAAAUGGAUAAUUGAAAAUUAUUAUUAUUUACAUAUUUUCCUCUAAUUUCAGGAGUACAUCGGUCAUCAAGGAAUUCAGGAACAGUUUGAUAAAGUUCUUAUGGGGAUUCUGCGAAGGAUACUGGAUACAAAUAAGCGGGUACAAGAAGCUGCAUGUUCAGCUUUCGCAACCCUGGAAGAGGUACCCAUUUCAUUGCAAGCAGGCCGGUUUUCUUUAAACAUAUGUGAAUUAACAAACUUGCUUCUUCCUCAGGAAGCUGCAGAGGAGCUUGCACCCCGCCUGGAGAUUAUUUUGCAGCAUCUUCUGUGUGCUUUUGGCAAAUACCAGGUAUUAGGAAGCUCCCAUUGCCCGAGUUCACUGAUGUUCAUGUCUUACAUUGAAAUCAUUACUGAAACUUUGAAACAGUUCCUAUUUCGAAUUGCUUGCAUUAUUUUUACUUUUUUUUUGCUCUGUGGUCGUCUUAUAAUGUCCAGAGGAGAAACCUGCGAAUUGUUUAUGAUGCAAUCGGUACUCUUGCUGAUGCCGUGGGCGCCGAACUAAAUCAGGUAUAAUGAUAUAUAAAAGUCAUAAUCGUGGUAAAUCUCUGCAUAAUGGUUUUUUUAUAGCUAAUUUUCUGUCUUGUGACAUGCAGCCAAGAUAUCUUGAUAUAUUGAUGCCUCCGUUGAUCUCAAAAUGGCAGCAACUUGCAAAUUGUGAUAAGGACUUAUUUCCGUUGCUCGAAUGCUUUAUAUCUAUAGUGCAAGUAAGCUUUUUCUAGGAUUAUUCGCCAAAAUUUGCUUGUAUUAUUUGUUUCAUAUUUUUUACCUUUUUUGGUUGACUAUGCCCUCUCUUGGCUUUGAAAUGGCACAGAAGCAGUGUCUCAUGGAAUCACAGAAGAACUGUUUUCUUUCCAUUUAAGAUGUUUUGUAUAGAGUAAAGUUUUUCUGUAAUAAAUUGGGUCUCAUGGUCUAUUUUUUCCUUUUCGCUUAUCUUUUUUCCAUAGUAUCGAAUGAGUAAUCUUUCUAUAGACAUGAUGAUAAUUUUUCCUGCUGUGUUUUAUUGCUGCAUGUGUUUGUUGACAGUCUACUUCUUUCAUCUAUUAUUAGAUAUCGUAAUUUUUUUUUGCGUGCUUGUCUCAGGCUUUGGGACCUGGAUUUUCUCAGUAUGCUGAAUUUGCAUUCAAGAAGUGCGUUGGUUUAAUCCAGACACAUCAACUAGCUAAGGUGUUUUGUCUUUGAGUUGUCUUUGAUCCUUGUCUUUACUCUUGCAUGAUAUCUUUGUCGUAGUCUUGGCUUUAUGUCGGCCUAUUGUUAAUGGAUAAUGUUUCUUGUCUUGCACUUGUUAGAGUGUUCUUGAAGUUGCCCCAGUCUGAUAAAAUAUUUCUUUCAAGGUCGAUCCUGUUGCUGCGGGCGGUCAUUAUGAUAAAGACUUUAUUGUCUACUCGUUGGACCUUCUUUCGGGACUCGUGGAAGGUCUUGGUGGUGGAAUAGAGAGUCUGGUACUACUUUAUUCCAUGAAUUUUUUACACAUUAUUUUGUAUACCACAGAGUUUUUAUCUAGAAUUAUGAUGUAUUUGCCCCUCACAAGCAUUGACUUGCCCUGGUUAAGGAGAAAGAUGCAUACGAGUUUGUAUUGUCUGAGUUUUUUUCAAUUCCUGCCGGCGGAAAAUCGUUUUUAAUUAUGAUGUAUGAUUAAUCAUCACCCUCAGUGUUAUGUGCGUACAUAUUCAUUUUUAACAUGGGAGAUUUGGGAAAGCCUAUUCCAAUCCUUGGUUGUUUAGCAUUUGUCUCAUGAAUCUCACAUCCAGUCUGUGUGCUAUAUAUACAUUGCAACCUGACUGCGAUAGGGGUUUGAGUUGGUCGUUGCUUUGGCUUGUCAUAAGGUAGACCGAUAAGUAUAAAGGGAUGAGGAAAUCAUAGCCUUAGGAGGAGAAAGGAGAUGGAGCCAUACGGGGGUGGCUAAAGUGGGUUUAUAUUGUACGGAGUGGUUUGUACCAUCAUGGUGUGAACUGCAAAUAUAUUGUACGGAGGAUCUUUCUUAGAUCGCAUUGGCCAUCAACUUCUGCCUCUCUUUCUAUAGUUAAUGCAAAUAUUGUACUAUCCACGUAAAGAACAAAUCCUUUUUGGUGUAGAAAGUUGAUCCUUUGUUUAUCAGAGGAAUGCUUUGACUUUUCGAUUUCACUUUCAAAAACCAGACACAUUUCUAUGUGCUUCUCACAAACUGAAUGUUUUCUACUCAGUAAGUGAUCAUUUUUCUAAUCUUUGAUGCAUGCAGGUUGGUGAGAGCAAUUUGAACGACAUUCUUCUACAUUGCUGUGUAGAUGAUAUUUCUGACAUUCGGCAAAGCGCCCAUGCUCUUCUUGGAGAUCUUGCAAGGGUGUGUUGAAAAGCACGAAGUCUCAGAUCCAUUUAAUGUUGUGCUUUCCUUUGCUAAACAUUCAUGUCUUUCCAUGUGACAAUUUUGACAUGUUCUCCAGGUGUGUCCUGUACAUUUGCGUCCCCGCCUGUCUGAGUUCCUUAAUGUUGCAGCAAAACAACUGGUAUUGGGUUUUCCUUUUUCCGUAUAAUUUCACAUUGUAUUGAAGGUCUUUCCUCUGACGGACUCAAUGGUGCAGAAUGCUGAUGAGCUGAAGGAAAAUGUGUCUGUCGCUAAUAAUGCUUGCUGGGCAAUUGGAGAAUUGGCAAUUAAGGUCAGUUUCCUACUGCUUACGUUCAUACAUGCUGCUCCUAUUUUACCAAUGCGUCAACAUCUCUACCACUCAUAGCUAAUAUGCUUCCAGAGUGGAGUUGUGGAGACCCACCUGAAGAAGUGCAUUAUGAGAACUCAUACUGGUACCUUUGUUGCUUGAUUGAACUCAUACUUGAAAUUGGUGUUUGUGUUAAUGAUAAUUUCACCUGCUCCAUCUGACUCUUUGAAGUCAAGUAUACAUAGUUUGCAAGUGGCUGGCCUCUAGCGUUGAUGUCUUGCUGGUGCACCCGAUUUUUCAUUGAGAUUUUUCUGUGCUUCUUAAGAGUUUCGAAUAUUUGGCUGAAGGUGGAAAUUUUAUUGCUUCUAGUUUAGCAUUGCAAGAUUUACGUUUUGUACCUCGUAAUAGUUCUUAAAGCUUUGUCCAAGAAUUCCUGGGUAUACAGUGGAAUAUCGUCUAUGUUCUACUCAGCUUGGUGAAAGUUAGUGAAUAAGAUUUUAUGUCGGGAAUAAUGAGUAUGGAUCCUUUUCUUACGGCAGUUUGGCCCCCAUGGUGGUAUUUAACCCCCAAUCAAUUUAUUUUGACUCUUACGUCAAUCUAUAUUUGUACAAGACAUGAGGAAAAAAAUCCAACGCCAUCAUGAUUAUGCUUUUUCCAGAGCUACGAAUAUUAGUGGCGUUAUGUGUCACCCAUUUUGUGGCGAAUUCAAUGCAUGACCCUUUAAUUAAUUAUGAAGUACGAUGAAAAUUUUGUAAAAUGGCCUGAUGACCUACUUCAGCAUCUGUAAUAGAAUCGACCGUGCUGUAUGGUGAGCGACCAUGCGGUGGAUUCCGUCAUUCACGUUGUGUGAACAACUAUUUCCCAUCCAAAGUAUAACCUGGAUACUUGUUUGCUUCUAGGUUGGCCAGGAAGUUUCUCCUAUUGUACUGAAUGUUAUAUUGAACCUGGUCCGAAUUCUUCAAAAUGCAGAAGUAAGUCAUUCAAAAUUCUUUCUUUUUUACUUGCCUUCUAUCAUCGUAGUUUGACUUUUCGGCCAUGGACAGGGUCUCAAUAAGUCACUGAUAGAAAACAGUGCCAUUACUCUUGGAAGGCUUGCCUGGGUAUGUCCAGAGCUUGUAGCACCACACAUGGAACACUUCAUGCAGUGCUGGUGCAGUGCUUUAUGCACGUAAGUUGUUAUCUCAUUUCUUCAGGAGUUCCAGGUCAAGAUAUUUUUCUGUGGACUAUCUUAGUCGUGUUCCUACAGCCAGCUUGCCUUGCUAUUUCUAGAAACCUACAUGUAGUUAUUCUUUUGGCAGCAAGGAAAAUAUUAUCUAAUUGACGUAGUUUAUUUCUCUUAUUUCUGUACCCCAGAGCUUGUUUUCAAAUAAAAUUCUCAAGUAGGGUAUAUUUCCUAGUUCUUCAGUGUUUACCUGUUUUGUCAUUUAUUUUUUUUUUAAAACGAAAAUCUUGACCAGGAUACGGGAUGAUGUUGAGAAAGAGGAUGCAUUCCGGGGACUCUGUGCAAUGGUAAUGGCAAUUGUUCUCAAAUAAUAUCAGCUCAUCUGAUUGGUUGGACCCUCGUGCUUAUGCAUAAACCCUGCAGGUGAGAUCCAAUCCGUCCGGCGCCAUGAACUCCCUUGCCAUCCUGUUCAAAGCCGUCGCUAGCUGGCAUGUAAGAAACACACCUCCCUCCCUUCUCUCAGCAUAUGUUUGGCUAAACCCCAAGACAGUCGUCUUUACAUGCUCUUCUUGCAUCAGGAAAUCAGGAGCGAGGAUUUGCACAACGAGGUCUCCCAAGUCCUGAAUGGUUAUAAGCAGGUACCGCGAAUAUUAUUAUUAAUUACUUCCCACCCCUUUCCUCUCCUAGAAUUACUCUCUCCUAAUUACAGCGGAUCUUUUCAUCUUUCUUGCCAGAUGCUGGGGAACGCAACCUGGGAACAUUACAUGUCCAUGCUCGACACCAAAGCCCGAGAGAGACUGGCAAAGUAUGGAGUGUAG